UUUUAGUUUCAAAUCAACGUCGUUCGCAUAUUCAUCAAAAAAGUUCUUUAAAAAAUCUUGAUGAAAUUCUUGAAAAUAUUAGUAGAAUACAAAAUCCAACACGUAUUUUACAUGAUAUAGCAACACCAGAAUUACCUACAACAUCAGGACAUAAAAAUUCAGAUAUUCUCUAUUUAACUAUUGGUAUUAUAGCUGGAAUUUUAUUAAUUUUAAUUAUUAUACUUAUUGUUAUGUGUAUAUUAAGAAUUUUACAACGAAAAAAAUUUAUCGCUCAUGUUAAAUCAGCAAAUGGUUCCGAUUAUUAUUGUGAUGGAUUACAUAAAAAUUUAAAUCCUGAUUAUGCAACAACACCUUGUUUACAACAUGGUGUUGUUGCUGUUGAUGGAAAAUUAAUACCAUUUACUUAUCCAACAAAUACAAAACAACCUAUUCUAUGGAAUGGACAAAAUCCUUUACCACAUAGUUCAACAGGAAUAACAACAACGGAUAAUGGUACAAUACGUUUAAAUACAAAUCCAAUGAAUCGUUUAGAAAAUGAAAAUACAAAUGAUACACAAGAAAAUUUUUAUCAUACUUUAACACCAUUUAGUACACAUAGUCAUUAUGAAGAACAUGCAUGUACACAUAAUCAACCACCUGUAUUUGGUUAUACAAGUGAACGUUCAAAUGGUCCAACAUGUCCACUUCAUAAUCAUCAUCAUAUAAUAAAUUAUCCAUCUGAUACAUUUCCUUUAAAAACUUCUUUAAAUAAUAAUAAUAAUAAUAAAGAUACUUUAACAAAUAAAAAAAUCAAUGGGAUUGUUUUAUCAUCACAACAAACAAAUGGAAUACAAUUUCAUCAUUUACAUCAUCAUCAUGCAACAUGUCAACGACAUCAAAAAUCUAAACUUAUAACAACACCAAUUGUUAAUGAAAAUGAUCAACAAAAUGAUUUAUGUGAUCGAAGUUUUUCAUCAUCAUCAGCUGGUGGUGCUGGACAUUAUUGUACACAUUCAUCAAAUGAUUCAACACGUCCAUUAAUUAAUUCAAUUCCUCAUCAACAAACAAAUGAUAAUAAUAAUAAUAAUAAUAAUAAUAAUAAUGAAAAUUUUAAACAUUCAGCAUCAUCAAGUACAGGCUCAUCAUCACAUUCAUCAAGUGGUAUUGGUUCAACAAUUGAAUCUCCUUAUAAUCAUUGGAAAUAUUUAACACCGUUAACUAUAACAACUAAUGAUAAAAAUCAUUCGAUAACAGAUAAUAAAACUUUAUUAUCAUCAAAAGAACAUUCAGUAACAACGAAAAUAAUUGAGCCAGUAUCAAUAUCAUGA